AUGCAUGCCCUCCUCACCAACGCCAUCGUAUCUAUCGACCCUCGUAGCUCGGCCGGUGUUUUUAUAUUUGAUAACCACUCGGAGGCGCCCUACUCGCUGUCGUCUGGCAAUGAAUUCAUUCUAUCGGGCUGCAACCUUCAGGCGACGCUGACAGGCCAUGACACCGAGGAUUUCAUCAGCGGUUGUGCCUCAUUCUGCCCCCAAAACGUUAGUGACACCUACGUUGAGAUGGCACUGCAGCGUAGUGGUAGAAACUGCUACGGCAUGGGCUGCUGCCAGGCGCGUAUCUCCAUGUCCUCCAACGGCUUGCCCAUGACAUUGAAAUAUCAAACGCUCAACAAGAACGGCGACCAGGAGUUGACGUCGCAGCCCGCGUACAUGCUAAUCGCACAGGAGGGGUGGUUCGAUCAGCGCCGGUUCUCCAAGAAGAUGGCGGGGCGGGAGGAAUCUGAAACAGCCAACGUGCAGGUUCCCCAAGUUCUGCAGUAGGAAGUCAUGCAGGACUUACCGCGAUCAGCUGACAUGAAGGCGAAUCCGAGCUGUCCAGCGGAGGUAGCCCAGAAGCUCUGCAAGAGCAAGAACAGCUACUGCAAACGAGGGAGCCGAGGUUAUUUAUGCCAGUGCAUGGAUGGCUACGACAAGCAGGGUAGCUGUUAGAAGGGAGAGAGGGAUUUGGUGGAAUUGUUCAUUGUAUUGCUUGAGCCUCCUAGGCAUAUAUAUAGGAGUACAUGGUGAUCUUGGAGUACAAUGCAAGGUAGAAUAAUAUCCUACGCUAUCCUAGCUUUCGUAAUAAUCACGAUACUCAACAUCCCCCCGCAGUCACAACGAUAGCGACGCAGACGAUGAGACUAGAGAAGAAUCCGAAGGUAAGCCGACGGACACCCCCCACAGUCGUAACGGUCGACGCGUUGUGGAAGUCGUGGCUGGAGUGGAAACCGACGAGGUUGCUCAAGCAAGGCGGUAGCCCUUUGUGCCGUUUGUCGAGGUAGCCGAGAGCGUAGGUGGUGUAGCCGUAGUCGAGGUAGCCGUGCAAAGAACGCCAUGGUCGGUGUCGAGUCAGGGGUCACCGGUGUCGAGGUAGUCGCCGUGGAGCCGCGGAAGAAGAGCAGCGGCGGCGGCGGCCUAAGGAGGCGGCGGCGGCGGUGCUCGAAGUAGGCGAUAAUGAACCCGACAGCGUGACGAAGACCGGCGCGGACGGUGACGUUCCUGCGCCAAGGGAGGCGGCACAGCGCAUAUCACGUGGAAGUCAACGUGCAUGGACGGCGGUGGACCGCGGGCCGCAGCGUUACGGCCCGAAGGGGCGACGCAACGGCGGCGGGCUGAUCGGGGCGACGGCGGGGAUGACCUCAGGGCGGUUGCAGGGAUCACGUGCCACGCUCGCUACGGCCCGACGGGGCGACACAGCGGCAUCGCGAGGGUCGGUGCAGCCUCGGGAACGCCCUGGAGCGGACGGCCUCGAUGCGGCAGUUGACCGCGGGCCGCGGCA